AAUCAGAAUCAGACAGUAGAGAAGAUGAAGAAGAAUAUGAAGAGGAGAAAUUGAUAAAUAAGAUAUACCUUUAUUGGAAGUUUAGAGAGUUUAAAGAAAGGCAUAACAACAAAGAAUGUGUUUUAAAGAAGAACCGUUCAAAACUAAAAACAUUCUAUUUAAGUAAAAAGAAAGGGAUAAAAGAUUUUAAUUUAGGUACAUUAACAGUUGAGCAAGAAAAACAAAUAAUGGCAUU